AGGGAGUGCCGGGGAGGCCGGCACCAUGCGGCGGCCGUGGGGCGCGCUGCUGCUCGGCGCCCUGCUCUGCGCUCACGGCCUUGCCAGCAGCCCGGAGUGUGCGUGUGGUCGGAGCCACUUCACCUGCACAGUGAGCGCGCUCGGUGAAUGCACCUGCAUCCCCGCCCAGUGGCAGUGUGACGGAGACAACGACUGUGGGGACCACAGCGACGAGGACGGGUGUAUGCUGCCCACCUGCUCCCCGCUGGACUUCCACUGUGACAAUGGCAAGUGCAUCCGCCGCUCCUGGGUGUGCGACGGGGACAACGACUGCGAGGACGACUCUGACGAGCAGGACUGCCCCCCCCGGGAGUGUGAGGAGGACGAGUUCCCCUGCCAGAACGGCUACUGCAUCCGGAGCCUGUGGCACUGCGAUGGCGACAAUGACUGUGGCGACAACAGCGACGAGCAGUGCGACAUGCGCAAGUGCUCGGACAAGGAGUUCCGCUGCAGCGACGGGAGCUGCAUCGCAGAGCACUGGUACUGCGACGGGGACGCGGACUGCAAAGAUGGCUCUGACGAGGAGAGCUGCCCCUCGGCGGUGCCUGCGCCCCCCUGCAACCUGGAGGAGUUCCAGUGCGCCUACGGCCGCUGCAUACUGGACAUCUACCACUGCGACGGCGACGAUGACUGCGGGGACUGGUCGGACGAGGCUGACUGCUCCUCCCACCAGCCCUGCCGCUCCGGGGAGUUCAUGUGUGACAGUGGCCUGUGUAUCAACGCGGGCUGGCGCUGCGACGGUGACGCCGACUGCGACGACCAGUCUGAUGAGCGCAACUGCACCACCUCCGUGUGCACGGCGGAACAGUUCCGCUGCCGGUCCGGCCGCUGCGUCCGCCUGUCCUGGCGCUGUGACGGGGAGGAUGACUGUGCCGACAACAGUGACGAGGAGAACUGUGAGAACACAGGAAGCCCCCAGUGCGCCUCUGAUCAGUUCCUGUGCUGGAACGGGCGCUGCAUUGGGCAGAGGAAGCUUUGCAACGGGGUCAACGACUGCGGAGACAACAGCGACGAAAGCCCACAGCAGAACUGCCGGCCCCGGACAGGUGAAGAAAACUGCAACGUUAACAACGGCGGCUGCGCCCAGAAGUGCCAGAUGGUGCGAGGGGCAGUGCAGUGUACCUGCCACACGGGCUACCGGCUCACAGAGGACGGACGUGCGUGCCAGGAUGUGAACGAAUGUGCCGAGGAGGGGUACUGCAGUCAGGGCUGCACCAACAGUGAAGGAGCCUUCCAGUGCUGGUGUGAAGCAGGCUACGAGCUCCGGCCCGACCGGCGCAGCUGCAAGGCUCUGGGGCCAGAGCCAGUGCUGCUGUUCGCCAACCGCAUCGACAUCCGGCAGGUGCUGCCGCACCGCUCCGAGUACACGCUGCUGCUCAACAACCUGGAGAACGCCAUUGCCCUCGACUUCCACCACCGGCGCGAGCUCGUCUUCUGGUCCGACGUCACCCUGGACCGGAUCCUGCGUGCAAACCUCAAUGGCAGCAACGUGGAGGAGGUGGUGUCUACCGGGUUGGAGAGCCCAGGGGGCCUGGCUGUGGAUUGGGUCCAUGACAAACUCUACUGGACUGACUCAGGGACGUCCCGCAUCGAGGUGGCCAAUCUGGACGGGGCCCACCGGAAGGUGUUACUGUGGCAGAACCUGGAGAAGCCCCGGGCCAUCGCCUUGCACCCCAUGGAGGGCACCAUUUACUGGACAGACUGGGGCAACACCCCCCGCAUCGAGGCGUCCAGCAUGGACGGCUCUGGACGGCGCAUCAUUGCCGACACCCAUCUCUUCUGGCCCAACGGCCUCACCAUCGACUACGCCGGGCGCCGGAUGUACUGGGUGGACGCCAAGCACCACGUCAUCGAGAGGGCCAACCUGGACGGGAGUCACCGCAAGGCAGUCAUCAGUCAGGGCCUCCCGCACCCCUUUGCCAUCACUGUGUUUGAAGACAGCCUGUACUGGACAGACUGGCACACGAAGAGCAUCAACAGUGCCAACAAGUUCACUGGGAAGAACCAGGAGAUCAUUCGCAACAAGCUGCACUUCCCCAUGGACAUUCACACCUUGCACCCCCAGCGCCAGCCUGCAGGGAAAAACCGCUGUGGGGACAACAAUGGAGGCUGCACCCACCUGUGUCUGCCCAGCGGCCAGAAUUACACCUGCGCCUGCCCCACGGGCUUCCGCAAGAUCAGCAGCCAUGCAUGUGCGCAGAGUCUUGACAAGUUCCUGCUUUUUGCCCGAAGGAUGGACAUCCGUCGGAUCAGCUUCGACACAGAGGACCUGUCCGACGAUGUCAUCCCACUGGCUGACGUGCGCAGCGCUGUGGCCCUUGACUGGGACUCCCGGGAUGACCACGUGUACUGGACCGACGUCAGCACUGAUACCAUCAGCAGGGCCAAGUGGGAUGGAACGGGACAGGAGGUGGUAGUGGAUACCAGCCUGGAGAGCCCUGCCGGCCUGGCCAUCGACUGGGUCACCAACAAGCUGUACUGGACAGACGCAGGUACAGACCGGAUUGAAGUGGCCAAUACUGACGGCAGCAUGCGGACUGUCAUCAUCUGGGAGAACCUGGACCGCCCUCGGGACAUUGUGGUGGAACCCAUGGGCGGGUACAUGUACUGGACCGACUGGGGUGCGAGUCCCAAGAUUGAGCGUGCUGGCAUGGAUGCUUCCGCUCGUCAGGUCAUCAUCUCCUCCAACCUGACCUGGCCCAAUGGACUGGCCAUCGACUACGGGUCCCAGCGGCUGUACUGGGCUGAUGCUGGCAUGAAGACCAUCGAGUUUGCUGGCCUGGACGGCAGCAACAGGAAGGUGCUCAUCGGAAGCCAGCUGCCUCACCCUUUUGGGCUGACCCUCUACGGAGAACGCAUCUACUGGACGGACUGGCAGACCAAGAGCAUCCAGAGCGCCGACCGGCUGACCGGGCUGGACCGGGAGACCCUGCAGGAGAACCUGGAGAAUCUCAUGGACAUCCAUGUCUUCCACCGGCGGCGGCCCCCAGUGAGCACGCCAUGCGCUGUGGAGAAUGGCGGCUGCAGCCACCUGUGUCUUCGCUCCCCGAAUCCAAGUGGCUUCAGCUGUACCUGCCCCACGGGCAUCAACCUGCUGCCUGGUGGCAAGAUGUGUUCACCAGGCAUGAACAGUUUCCUCAUCUUCGCCAGGAGGAUAGACGUGCGCAUGGUCUCGCUGGACAUCCCUUAUUUUGCCGACGUGGUGGUGCCGAUCAACAUUACCAUGAAGAACACCAUUGCCAUUGGCGUGGACCCCCAGGAAGGAAAAGUGUACUGGUCUGACAGCACGCUGCACAGGAUCAGCCGGGCCAACCUGGACGGCUCACGGCACGAGGACAUCAUCACGACAGGGCUGCAGACGACAGAUGGCCUCACAGUGGAUGCCAUCGGCCGCAAAGUGUACUGGACAGAUACUGGAACGAACCGGAUUGAAGUGGGGAACCUAGAUGGGUCCAUGCGGAAGGUGCUGGUGUGGCAGAACCUGGACAGCCCGCGGGCCAUCGUGCUGUAUCACGAGAUGGGGCUCAUGUACUGGACGGACUGGGGGGAGAACGCCAAGCUGGAGCGGGCCGCCAUGGACGGCUCUGAGCGCACCGUGCUCAUCAGCAACAACCUCGGCUGGCCCAACGGGCUGACAGUGGACAAGGCCAGCUCCCAGCUGCUGUGGGCCGAUGCGCACACCGAGCGAAUCGAGGCUGCUGACCUGAAUGGUGGCAGUCGACACACACUGGUGUCGCCGGUGCAGCACCCGUAUGGCCUCACCCUGCUGGACUCCUACAUCUACUGGACUGACUGGCAGACCCGUAGCAUCCACCGCGCCGACAAGGGGACUGGCGGCAAUGUCAUCCUGGUGAGGUCCAACCUGCCAGGCCUCAUGGACAUCCAGGCUGUGGACCGGGCACAGCCACUGGGUCUUAACAAGUGUGGCUCGAGAAACGGCGGCUGCUCCCACCUCUGCCUGCCUCGGCCUUCUGGCUUCUCCUGCGCCUGCCCCACCGGCAUCCAGCUGAAGGCGGACGGCAGGACCUGCGACCCCUCCCCUGAGACCUACCUGCUCUUCUCCAGCCGCGGCUCCAUCCGGCGAAUCUCGCUAGACACCAGCGACCACACCGACGUGCAUGUCCCUGUCCCCGAGCUCAACAAUGUCAUCUCUCUGGACUAUGACAGUGUGGACGGGAAGGUGUACUACACAGAUGUCUUCCUGGACGUGAUCAGGCGGGCCGACCUGAACGGCAGCAACAUGGAGACGGUGAUCGGGCAGGGACUGAAGACCACCGAUGGGCUGGCAGUGGACUGGGUGGCCAGGAACCUGUACUGGACAGACACGGGCCGAAAUACCAUCGAGGCCUCACGGUUGGAUGGCUCUUGCCGCAAAGUACUGAUCAACAACAGCCUGGAUGAGCCCCGGGCCAUUGCCGUCUUUCCCAGGAAGGGAUACCUCUUCUGGACGGACUGGGGCCACAUUGCCAAGAUCGAACGGGCGAACCUGGAUGGCUCCGAGAGGAAAGUCCUCAUCAACACAGACCUGGGCUGGCCCAAUGGCCUCACCUUGGACUACGAUACCCGCAGGAUCUACUGGGUAGAUGCACACCUGGACCGGAUCGAGAGCGCCGACCUCAGCGGGAAGCUGCGGCAGGUCCUGGUCAGCCACGUGUCACACCCCUUUGCGCUCACACAGCAGGACAGGUGGAUCUACUGGACAGACUGGCAGACCAAGUCCAUCCAGCGUGUGGACAAGUACUCAGGCCGCAGCAAGGAGACAGUGCUGGCCAACGUGGAGGGGCUCAUGGACAUCAUCGUGGUCUCCCCUCAGCGCCAGACAGGGACCAAUGCUUGUGGGGUGAACAACGGUGGCUGCACCCACCUCUGCUUUGCCAGAGCCUCAGACUUCGUGUGUGCCUGUCCUGACGAGCCGGACAGCAGGCCCUGCUCCCUGGUACCUGUGCUGGUGCCCCCCGCUCCCAGGGCUACGAGCAUGAGUGAAAACAGCCCCGCGCUACCCAACACGCAGCCCCCCACCUUUCGCUCUUCCACCAGCAGGACCCGCACAGCUCUGGAGGAGGUAGAAGGAAGGUGCUCUGAAAGGAACGCCCGGCUGGGCCGCUGUGCACACCCCAAUGAGGCCGUACCGGCUGCUGCAGGCGAAGGACUUCAUAUCAGCUAUGCCAUCGGAGGGCUCCUUAGUGUUCUGCUGAUUCUGGUGGUGAUUGCGGCUUUGAUGCUCUACAGACACAAAAAAUCCAAGUUCACUGACCCAGGAAUGGGCAACCUGACCUACAGCAACCCCUCCUACCGAACUUCCACUCAAGAAGUGAAAAUCGAAGCAAUCCCAAAACCAGCCAUGUACAAUCAACUGUGCUAUAAGAAAGAGGGUGGGCCCGACCAUAACUACACCAAGGAGAAGAUCAAGAUUGUCGAGGGCAUCUGCCUCCUGUCCGGGGAUGAUGCGGAGUGGGAUGACCUGAAGCAGCUGCGCAGCUCCCGGGGGGGCCUUCUGCGGGAUCAUGUGUGCAUGAAGACAGACACGGUGUCCAUCCAGGCCAGCUGUGGCUCCCUGGAUGACACAGAGACGGAGCAGCUGCUGCAGGAAGAGCAAUCCGAGUGUAGCAGCGUUCACACUGCAGCCACUCCAGAGAGACGGGGCUCCCUUCCAGAUACAGGCUGGAAACACGAACGAAAGCUCUCCUCAGAGAGCCAGGUCUAAACGCCCAUGGCGCUUCCCUGCCUACCUGUUCCUUCUCCUCUGCGGACUUCCGGUCCUUGUGCUCGGCUUAUACAGCAGACCCCCUUUCCAUGUGCUCAUCCUCCUCUUCCUACCCCCAUCCCCGCUCCCACCCCUCCGUGGGAGCUGUUUUCCCGCUGACUCCAUGACUACCUGGGCACGAGAAACGAGGGUGCCCUUGCGAGAAUUGAGACCUGGAUUUUACUACGAACCUCAGCUCUUGCAUCCGUCCUGUGCGCCCUGAAACUGGACUCCGUAAAAAUUCCUUGUUAGUGCAGAGCUCCACCUCCCCUUCCCCGGGCCACGCAGGGCCUGCCCCACAGCACCAAUGCAGCUGGUGAUGCAAGACUGCUCCCCGUCACAGCUAGCAUGGCGGCUUCUCUGAGGACUUGCACCAAGGCCUGGGCAGAUCAUGGGUAGAGAGAGGGGUGCUGGGUAGAGGCUGAGAGCAGGAGGAGCACGCCCAGCAGGCCUGGGCAUCCUUGAAACCUCCAGUCUCACGUGUUGCUCAUAUGAAAAACCUCUUGGGAGUACUCGGGGGGCCGGGGUAUCUUGUCCGUUGCUGGCAGUGGACAGUCUUCCAGCCCUAGGUGUCACUGCCUUGCAGCUACAGGUGCCAGCGAGAGGUGGGUGUGGCUCCCCCUUUUCCCUCCUGCUGUGAUGUCUGGAGACUUCUCUGGCAGAUGACUGGGGCCCCUCACAGGGCUACUAGCUAUUCGGAGUCCUCCUGGGUGCCACCGCUGGCCAGUACCUUUCCUAAAUCUUGGCUGUCACCAGGUAGGUAGCCAGCGGCUGGCGUGGAGGAUUGGGCCUCAGGGGCUGAGUGUGACCUUCAGGUCUCUGCCACAUUCUUCCCCCAGGCUGUGGGAUUCGAGGGAAGAGAUCCCAUCACAGUCAUCAAAGAACUAGAAGUUGCCAUAAAUGGUCAGGAAGCGCAAGUAGAGACAUGGGCCACCUGGGGACCGAAGAGAACGUCCUGUGUUCUUUCUCAGUUGCUCAGGGUCAGGGACAGAGAGCUUGUGGCUCACUGAGGUGGUGACAUUUUGAUUCCAGCUCUCUUCCCUGCUGACUGACUUUCCAUGCUGAGAGGCCACCCCUGGGUUCAUGCUCAUUCACGCCAAGAGCCCGUGUCUCGGGCUUGCAGCGGGGGGUUUGAGGCUUUCUGCUGCCCUAAAAUUUCUCCCUAUCACUUCUUCACUUGCGCAGGGGGCUUGAUGUAACUUUCUCUGACAUAGCCUUGCGGAGCUAGAAGUCUCCAAAGUCCUGCGGCGGAGAGGGCCAGACGAAGACACACAGGGCUGAGCAAGGCGUAGAAAGGUGAAAGGAACCACAGCCGAAGCCCUCCCCGUCCAGGGCCGACCCAGACCUCUCUUCUCCCCAGGGAAUAGGAGCAGGAGAGGACAAUGGGAUGAGAAGGGAGGGGAGGGUUUUUAGGGGAAUUUUCCUGACUCGAAACAUCACCCUUGGUUAUUAGAAUUGAGAAGGCAGCUGCCAGACUUGUAGGUGAAAAAGACCAACAUCUUAUCUUUUCUGGUCAGCUCUGUGUUUGCUAGAGACAGAUGCCAACCCUCUUCCCUGCUUCCCAUAGCCAGGCCCGAGUCUGGACCUCCACAUGGGCCGGGCCAAGCAGGCCCAAAACAGUGCACCAAGUGGGAAAGAUGGGGUGCCAUUUCCAGGACAAAAUGGGGACAUUUCACGCUUGACAGGCAGGAAAAGAAGCGGUUGAGUCCUUACAUUCACAGGAAGGAGAAGAAAGUAAAAAAGUGGCAUUUUCUUGGUGGAAAAGGGGAAGGUUCUUAUUGCACUUGGCCUAUUCAGAAUGUGGAAAGGAGAUAUUUGAGGAAAUAUCUAUUUGAGCACUGAUUUACUCUGUACAAAAAACAAUCUCUCUGUCCUAAACUAAUGGAAGUGAUUCUCCUGCACUCAUGUGUAAUGGUUUUAACGUUACUCACUGGAGAGAUUGGACUUUCUGGAGUUAUUUAACCACUAUGUUCAGUAUUUUAGGACUUUAUGAUAAUUUAAUAUAAAUUUAGCUUUUCUUAAUGA